AACAGUGUAAAUGCACCCUAAAUUGAUUGAACAUGAGAACUGGCCUUAAGGAGGAAAGAAUGUGAACUGUUGCCUGCCAUUUUGAUUUUCUUUAGCAGGCACGUUUCGGAAACGGCACCAUGAGUUCGUUAAAACUACAAAAGAGGCUUGCUGCCUCGGUAAUGCGAUGCGGCAAAAAGAAAGUUUGGUUGGAUCCUAAUGAAAUCAAUGAAAUCGCCAAUACUAAUUCUCGUCAAAACAUUCGCAAGCUCAUUAAAGAUGGUUUGAUCAUCAAGAAACCAGUUGCUGUGCACUCACGUGCUCGAGUCCGUAAAAAUACGGAAGCCAGACGAAAAGGUAGACAUUGUGGGUUUGGUAAAAGAAAGGGAACAGCCAAUGCCCGUACACCACAAAAGGAUUUAUGGGUUCAACGAAUGCGUGUGCUUCGACGUCUUUUGAAAAAGUAUCGUGAAACGAAAAAAAUUGAUCGUCACUUGUACCACUCUUUGUACAUGAAAGCCAAGGGAAACGUGUUCAAGAACAAGAGAGUUCUUAUGGAAUUCAUUCACAAGAAAAAGGCUGAGAAAAUGAGAGCAGAUAUGCUUUCUGAUCAAGCAGAGGCACGUCGCUCGAAAGUGAAGGAAGCACGAAAGCGCAGGGCAGAGAGAAUCGCCACGAAGAAACAAGAACUCUUGCAGUCAUACCAACGAGAAGAUGAGGCUGCUGCCGCACAGAAGAAGUAAUUCUAAUGUGUAAUUUUUAUUAUAAAAAUAAAACAUAAAUUACUAUACCGAUUAA